AUGAGAUAUCAGGUUCACGGGGAAAGUGGUUCUCAUGGGGGCACUGUCGCAGACAACCAUGAUUGGGUCGAGAAAAAUGCCUUCGACAGCAUUCGCUCUCUGGAUCGAGCUGUACUGGAGCCUGUUGAGGCCUGCAUCCACAGCCUAAUCAAGCGGGUUGCCUGGGAGAAACCGGAAGCUCCAGCAAUAUGCUCCUGGGACGGGCAUCUGACCUAUCUGCAGCUGGACCAGCUGUCUAUCAGGUUAGCAUAUCGCCUAGUGGAUUCUGGGUUGACUCCAGGAUCAAGAGUGAUUCUUUGCUUCGAGAAGACAUGCCUAGAGCCGCUCUCUAUGCUGGCUGUGAUGAAGGCUGGGGGUAUCUCCAUAGCCCUUGAUACCGGACAGAACCAAGAUCACCUCCGAUUGAUUGCAGACCAAGCUUCUCCAUUCACCAUUCUCUCUUCUCCAAAAAGCGAACAGUUAGCACAGUCCCUGGGGAAAGGCAAUGUUAUUACUGUGGACCACAACCUGCUAUCGAGUAUAAACGAUCCCUUGGAGCUGUCCAGUAAGCUACCGGUCUUGAGCCCUUCGGAAGCUGUUGGAGAAAUCUAUAGUGUCGACAGCGGAACAGGGCUCGCAAGCCGAGAUAUCAUCGUUACGCACCGAGAUUUCAGCAGCGCGGCUACGUAUCGGUAUGGAGAGCUCGGACUUACUAGUAACACUACUAUACGCGAUUCUGCGCGAUCUUUCUCGGAUUUAGCGUGGCGCAACUUGUUCGUUUUGACAUGUGGUGGCAGCCUAUACUUGGAUCCAACGGUCGAGCUCCUGAGCAACAGGCACGGUCUUAUUUCCGCAUUGCAAUCUGACAUUACGAUUCUCACCCCAGAGUCUCUCGCUCUGCUUGAUAACUCCGAGCUUCUGCGAUUGGUGCAGCUCAAAUACGCUGCGGUUUCAGCCACUUCACAGGGUCUGAGAAAAUUGGAUGUCCCUGUGGUGAAAGGUGGAUCUAUUACUUCGGCCGGCUAUGGCAGGCGAAGCGGUAUGCUAUUCUCCGACAUGGAAACAAGUGAAACUGAAAGGUUGGCUGGAAAUGUCAAAAAUCGGGAUGUCUCGGUAUUAGACUCGCGAAUUUCAGAUCAGGAGAGGCAGAUAUCCCGCGCGGAUGAUAUCUAUGAUCUCGAGGAUAAUACAUCAGAAAAAAUGCUCAUUACGGAGAUGUACCAAAAUGAGUUACCAGUCCGCAGUGGGGGGUUGUGGUCUGGUGACUCUUCUAAUGCAUCCCCUAUCAGUUCAGAGGGCUCGUUUUCUCUCUAUGACGAUGUCAUAAGGCCGGUGAAAACAACUGGUGAUGAGCCGAGUAGAUGUGAUGUCCUACCAUUUCCCUUAUUGGACUCGUCGAUCAACAAGGAAGAGGUGCGCGCAUACGCUGCUAGGCUUUGCAACGUUAAGGAAUCACAAAUUAUCGAUGUUCUCCCAU